AUGAAGGUUUCAACUUUGACAAUUAUUUGCUCAGCAAUUCUUACUGUUAAUGCACAAGCAUUUGACGGCUCAAAGAAGUUGGGUGUCGUUAAGAGAGCAGACAGUGACUCCGCUGCAGCUACUGCAGGAGGCGAAGACGCAACUGGUUCCGAAACUGGCGCUGAAGAUACUGGUUCCGAAACUGGCGCUGAAGAUACUGGUUCCGAAACUGGCGCUGAAGAUACUGGUUCCGAAACUGGCGCUGAAGAUACUGGUUCCGAAACUGGCGCUGAAGAUACUGGUUCCGAAACUGGUGCUGAAGAAACUGGUUCCGAAACUGGUGCUGAAGAAACAGAAUCAGAGACUGGCGCUGAAGAAACUGGAUCCGAAACUGGCGCUGAAGAUACUGGUUCCGAAACUGGUGCUGAAGAUACUGGUUCCGAAACUGGUGCUGAAGAUACUGGUUCCGAAACUGGUGCUGAAGAUACUGGUUCCGAAACUGGUGCUGAAGAAACUGAAUCCGAGACUGGGGCUGAAGAGACUGGAUCAGAAGAAUCAAGUGGUGGUGCCGGUGGUGCCGGUGGCGGCUCAGGAGGUUCAAGCACUAAAGCUUCUAGCGGAGGUAGCUCGAGCACUGGUGGAGCAGGCGGUUCCAGUGGAAGCAGCUCUAGUGCCGGUGGAAGCGGUAGCAAGAGCUCUUCAUCAAGUGGUAACACCGGUAUUUUGGCCAACCCAGGUGCCGGAUUGGUUGCUUUCGGCGCUGUUGUUGGUGCCAUGUUAAUCUAA